UCUCAAUUCUCAAACCCCCCCAGUGGGAAACGUACUCCCCUUUGAGGGUUUGCCUUUGCCUCUCUCUUCGUCUUCGUCUCCUCCAUUUCGCGCUUUCCUUUUUAUUUCCCUCACCCUUUCGCUUUCGCCCACCACCUCCUACUCCUCCUCUCUCCACCGCUUAAACAUCGAUUUUUGGACGCCCGCAUCCGCAGAAAACGCCAUAGGAAACAAUCAAUUUGGGGAAAGGAAGCAGAAGACGGAUAUGGCGCCGAGUCCCGCAUCGUCGACGGCGGAGAAACUCAAGAAGGACGGCAACACCUACUUCAAGAAAGAGCGAUUCGCGGCCGCCAUCGAUGCGUAUACUGAGGCAAUCACUCUGUGCCCUAAUGUUCCUGUUUAUUUUACGAAUCGCGCUCUGUGCCAUCUCAAGCGUAAUGAUUGGACGAAAGUCGAAGAGGAUUCUCGGAGAGCUAUUCAGCUUGAUCAUAACUCAGUUAAGGGUAACUAUAUAUUGGGGCUUGCUUUACUACAGAAGCAAGAGUAUGGCGAGGGAGUUAAGGCACUGGAGAGGGCUUUGGAUCUUGGGAGGGGUGCCAAUCUGAAUGAUUAUAUGGUAGAGGAGAUCUGGCAGGAGCUUUCGAAAGCAAAGUACAUGGAGUGGGAGGAGACAUCGAGCAAACGUUCAUGGGAAUUGCAAAAUUUGAAAGAAGCUUGUGAGACUGCUCUCAAAAAGAAACAUGACUCUUGUCAAAAGAAACAGUUAGAGGCGUUAGGAAGAGUGUUCGAGAAAGCUGCAGAAGCUGACACGCCUAGUGAGGUGCCGGAUUACCUAUGUUGCAAAAUCACGCUUGACAUAUUUCGUGAUCCUGUGAUUACUCCAAGUGGGGCUACAUAUGAGAGAUCAGUGAUCCUUCACCAUCUUGAGAAGGUUGGCAAUUUCGAUCCAAUCACUCGAGAGCCGCUUGAUCAAUCAGAGCUAAUAUCAAACUUUGCCAUAAAAGAAGCAGUUCAAGCAUAUUUACAAGAGCAUGGUUGGGCCUACAGAGCAUAGUGAAGGUUGAAUUUUAUCGGAAACUUAUAGAGUCGAUAAUUGUGUUAAAACAUGUACCGAACUACCUGUGGCAGACUGCAGUGUCCUCUUUGUGUUUUUGAUAUUUGGUGAUGUGCCCUAGAAUCAUAUUGAGGGUCCUAUCCUUUCAGAAAAUGUAUAUAGAUUACAAUGAAAACCAGUUCUGCACUCAGUGCCGGUGUAGAUUCGUCCUACUUCACAUUGUUGUGGUUUACUAAUUCGGUCUCUCUUUGGGUCCUCAAAACAAGUUUUUCCGCUUCA